AUGGAUCGACAGACUCGCAAGCAGGACAUUGAGCACGCCUAUGAUUUACAGGCCAGAGCAGCGGUAGCCGGCGCUGCUCGAUUCACCACUAUCGGCAUUGGCCUCGCGGUCCUUGGGCAUUACACUUGGCCCACCUUCCGACGACAGACACUUCCAUUCAAGGGGUUCUUGGUAUCAGUGUUUACAAUCUUCGGGCUAGUCAUAGGCGCGGAGAACGCCUUGCUCUCACAUGAAGCCGAGAGGCGGCAGACAGAGAGCGUGCUGCGCAAGCAGGCCCGAAUCGAGCUCGCGCGGCGUGGCCUAGUCGCAACAGAGACGGAGAUCGCAAAGUGGAAGGCGGAACGACUCGCCGCUGCCCAGCACGAUCAGUCGACACCAACGCCACGGUCAUAA